AUGACAUCCUGGUUUGUUAUUAUUAACAUUAUCCUUCUUCUAUCACCUUCCUUUUUACAAGCUCGUUAUCGAGCUCAAUCAAAACGACGAUAUCCAAUGUCUGCCCAAUCAUUUGUACCAUCAUUCCCUUCGAAUAAUAAUAAUAAUGCUGAUGGUGAUGAGCUGCAAGAAAGAGAUAAUGAUGAUUCUUGGUUUGAUUCAAUAAGAGUAACAACAAGUACAUUAACAUCAAUGUCACAACAUAAAGCAAAUGAAGAACAAAUCGAACAAUUUGCGCGUCUUCUAGUUGAACGUUUAAAUUUAAAAGAAACACCCAAUGUAACAAUGAAUGUCAACGAUGAUAUAGGUUUUCCAUCAUCAAUAUUUAAACAAUUAGAACAACAAGCUAAACAACAACAACGUUUACAUGACUAUGAAGAAAAUAGUUUUUAUCGAAAACAAAAAGUUCAUGAUGAACUAAUGCCAACAGCUGAACGUGCCAUUUUACCUGGUGAUUAUAUACCAAAUCAUACAUGUCAACGUCAAUUAUCAGUUAAAUUAAAUCUUGCUAAUAGUGAUGUACAAAAUAUUGAUUGUUUUCGUUUUACAAAAGAAUCAAAAAGUUUACCAACAAAUCAAGUUAUUAAUGAUUUACGUUUAUAUAUCAGAAGAAAUUAUUUUCAUUUAAAUGAACAACAAGGUGAAAUAACACCAGAUAUGUUUCAAAUUUAUCAAAUAUUUCGACCAACAUCAAAUGAUACAACACUAACACCACCAGCUGGUCUUACAGAGACAAUACGUUUAUCAGUAAGCAGAGUUGGAGAAUUAAAUGGUAAUUGGUUUGAAUUAACUAUUAAACCCAAUGAUGAACAUGUAACUAUACAAAAAGUUUAUAAUCAACUUAUUAUGCCUUUGUAUGCACUUGCAAUUGAUCGUGAUCUUCAACCAUCUUCUAAUCGUCAUUAUUAUCGACAAUAUCAUUCAAAAAAACAUAUAUCUUAUUCAAUGCGUUCAGACAAUGAUGAUGAAAAUGGUAAACAAUCUCAACAACAACUUCCAUAUAUGUUAGUUGAAUAUGGUGAUAAAAUUUAUCCAUCAUCAUCUGGACGUCGUGGUACACGUGAUACAAUUGCACGACCAGCACGUGGUUGUCAUUCAACAAGUUCAUGUUGUCGACGUUCACUUACAAUUGAUCUUGAUCAAGGUAGUAGUGCAUUAAAUUUUGUUAUUUAUCCAAGACAACUUGAUAUUGGUGAAUGUGUUGGUGUAUGUGGUACAAGUGGAUCAUCACUUAAACAUGCAGAUGUUAAAAAUGCCCAACAUAGAAAUGAACAUAAUUCAGCAUACAAUUUACUUUUACUUCAAAAUAGUUUACAUUUCAAUAGAAGUGGAUCAAAUAUUGGUCAUCCAUCUGAUCAACAUUCAACACAAUGUUGUUCAUAUUCACGUACAGGUGGUCUUGAACUCAUGUAUACAACUACAAAUGGUGGACCAAUUAUUCGCAAAUUUAUACCAAAUAUGGUUGUUGAAGAAUUUAUACCAUCAAUUCGAGCACAAUCUACACUUAUUCAUGGUACAAUUGGAAAAUCAACACAUUUACGUUGUUCAGCUACAGCACCAUAUGAUACAUUAUUAUAUUGGCGCCGUAUUGAUAAUCAUAAUAUAUCAAGUCAAUCGAAUAGAUUUCGCCAACAACAAAAUAUACAUGGUCAUCUUUUACAUACAACAUUAUAUAUAAAAGAUGUUGAACAAACAGAUUUUGGUUUAUAUGCUUGUUAUGCUGAAUCAAAAGCUGGUCAAAGUAAAGCUGUUAUUGAAUUGAAAGAACAUCAUCGUUCAACAAUAACAACAACAACAACGGCGACCAUUAGUACUUCAGUUGUAUCUCACAUAUUAGAGAAAAAUCAAUUAAUUAUAAUAACAACAACAACGACAACAAUACGUGCACAAUUACUCAAACGAAAUAAAAUUUCUGAUCAAACAGCAAAUAUUACAAAAACUAAUUUUGCAUCAUCAUUAUUUAUUUCAUAUUAUCUAUUAAUUUUAAUAAUGUUUUUUCUUUAUUUGUAA